CCUAGGAACUAUACCUCUUAAAUAUUAAAGAGGAGAACUGAUAACAAAUGGACAACGAACCUUUCGAAAUAAUCCUCUCCGGCUCCAACGAAGAGGAAGCGCACUACCGGCUGCAAAACGAGCCCGGUGAAAAACAACGCGAGUACAUCACAGGAUACGAUCGCAAAGAUGCUCUUAGAGUCCUCGGUCGAUUAACGGAUGUCGUUCACGGAAAAGUAGCCGAGGAUUCGGAUAUCCCAUGCUCCCUACUUAUCUUCGAGUUUGCCGCGGAGAGGGUUAGGAAGAUUAUGGGUAAGAUACCAUUUGAUGAUACGGUGGUCUUCGAUCCGAAGAUAGGUCCAACGACGGAUAGGUUCCCUGUGGAGAGGUUGGGGGAAAUCCAGUUGGCUGGCGUGUGUGCUGUCGAGACUAGGUAUGAAGAGGAUAGUGUUCCGGAAUGAUGGCAUUUCUGGUGACGAUGACUAUGGCGAUGACUACGAUUUUUUUUUCUCGGAACGAAUAAUGAUGUUAUAUUAUGUAACAGCACAACGUACACUUAGCUUAGACAGGAUACCCCUAUUUUUAUAUAACCUAGUACGGUUACUUAAUACUUAUGAUUUAGAC